AUGCGGCGGUCGACGCCGAGCUGGAGCAGGGUGGCGGCCGCCGCUGCCGCGGAGGACUCCAACUCCGACAUAUCAUGGUCUUCCGACGACCCUGAUGCGCCUACCUCGGAGGAGAGGGCGACGGAGCAGAGAGCUAUAGUCGAGUCAUUCGAGAUGCUCCAGGACCUCGCCGCCAACGCGAGGCUGGAUCAGACCUCGAGCUCCGACGAGGAGUUCGACGAUGACAACACCGACGACCUCCUCGACCCGAUCAGGGACGCCAAGUUCCUGGCUGACGCGGAGAAGGAAGCAGAAGAGGAGCGGGCGGCCCACGCGGCGUUCGACGCCGAGAUGGAAUGCCGCAGGGUGGCCGCCGCCGCAGAGGACGACGACUCCGACAUCCCAUGGUUCUCUGAUGACCCUGAUGCACCUACCCCGGAGGAGAAGGCGGCAGAGCAGAGGGCUCUUGUCGACUACUUCGAGACGCUCAAGAAGGACGAGGACGCCGCGAACGAGACGUUGCGCUUGCGGCUGCUAGAGGACGCGGUGGCGCACCGAGCUCUAGCGGUCACACGGCAGGUGGCGGAGAAGCAGAUGAGGGAGGGACGCAACGACGGGGUCAGGCCGUCGUGCAGCAAGUAG